AGUGAGAGAGAGUGCAAGAACAUUCAAGGUGGUAGAAGCAGUCUGGCCGAAUCCCGUCGCUGCUAUCCUUUCGCAUUCUGCUAAACCCUGCAGCUUCAUUGAAGCACUGUAGCUUGCAAAGUCGGCGCAGCGCAACGGACCUCACACAACUAUGACAUCUGGAAAAGAUACAGAGUCUGCCGUUGGAAAUCCUUGAACAUCGUCAGCGAUGGACAAACAGAAAGUACUGAACCGACUGGUCUCGGACCUGCAGGCCUUUCUGUUGGUCCUGGACAGUGAGAACCUCAGCUACAUCGCACAGGCCCAGAAGAAGUCCAUUUCUGAUUUGCUCAUGAAGCUGCAGGACACGCCAGUGGAAGAUGCAGAGUACAUGAUAAUGAACUGUCCUUCUGGAGCCACUAACAGUGAUCUCAGGGAAAUUCAGUCGUCAGACACAGGUGGCCUCCAGUCCACGGCUGACCUCAAUCACGUUGCAGAGCCAUCCUCCUCCGCCUCUGCUGAGUGGCUGCUGAAGGGGAAUCUAGGUCCUGCAGUGCCCCCCCACCCACCAGAAGACUUCGAUGAAGACUGCUAUGAAGAGGCAGAACCCUUUGUUCCAGUCAGUCAGACCACAGACACAGUGGACUCAGACAGCAGUCACUACGAGUCAUACGGUGAGGAGGAGGACUUUGUGAAGGACCGGGCUCACUACAUCCAGUGGAGCGCCUCACAGCCCUGCCUACGCCCCGCCCCCGAGUCACGGAUCUGUGGCUACCUGUGGAGGAAGAAGUGGCUGGGCCAGUGGACCAAGCAGCUCUUCAUCAUCCGCAACAACCUACUCCUGUGCUAUAAGUGUGCCAAGGACCUGCACCCGCUGCUGGAGGUGAGCCUGAGGGGCUGCCACGUGGUCUACAAGUCCAAGCACAGCAAGAAGAUGCAGCACGAGCUGAAGGUGGUGGCAGGCUCCGACACUGUGGUCAUGGGCUUUCAGAGCUGCCAGCAGGCCGAGGAAUGGCGGAAGAUAAUUGAAGAGGUGAGCGGCUCCUCCUACUAUGAGAAGGAAUCCUACAGCUCCUCGUCCUUACUCAAGUGUGACAGGCAAGACUCUCGCAGGUCAAGCACAGUGCUUCACUCGGACUCCGACGAGGACAAGCUCUCUGGGCUGCCCUCUGCUCUCAGCAGUGUGGAAAUCAAGGAUAAGGGCCUCCUGAAUGUGCUCAUGAACUGCCAGUGGCAGAGCCUGUGGUGCCAGGUGGAGGACGGGGUGUUGAAGAUGUUCCGCGACGAGGUGUGCGAGGAGAGCCCCCAGUACAGCGUGCAGCUGCGGGGGUGCGAGGUGCGCCCCGGCCCUGACACGGCCCAGGCCUACCGCAUCACAAUCACCCAACACGGGGACCAGGUGGCCGUGCUGGAGGCCAGCUGUGCAGAUGAGAAAGAGCACUGGGUUCAGCUCCUGCAGGACGGGAGCGUGAGUCAGGCUGACCCCCUGUACGAGCACCUAGACACCACGCUGGACGCACGGCCUGUUGGAGGACUCAGUGGUCUUAUGGCACGCAGGUUCCCAACCUCCAACAUGUACAUCGAUGACCCCUUUCACCAGCUGUGUGGAGCAGGCCAUUCCCAGCCCAUUUACUCCAACUCUUCUAUCAUGGAGGACAUGUUCCAGAAAUCCCAAAAUAUUGCCAAGGGGGAUUCAGCAAUUUCCAAAGAAAUCUACAGCAACAACGAAGUUUUUGCCAAUCACAGCAUGAAAGCAGUGGUUGACCCGGAGCGAGGAGUUCAGAAGAUGGACCUGACUGGGAAGAGAAGGGUGCAGCUGAGAGCCGGGUCUGAGAUGAACCUGGUGACCGCAGGGAAGCCGGCCAAGCGCACCUCCUUCAGGCAGUCUCUGGCUUUCUGCACUGACAAAGCGCAGGGAGGGUUCCUGACUCCUCUGCUGCGACGGACAGCUUCUGCCAAAAACUCCCUGAAAAGAGCGCCCUCUGCCCUCUUUAUUGAGAAGGGCAAGGUCUUCCAGAAGAGAAAGGAAUGGGAGACGAAGGCAUCUGCUUGAGACUGGUCAGCCAGUUAACCCUCACCUUGUACACAUUCCCUUACUUGUAUAAGUAUAUAUUGCACUGAAUAUAUUAUUACUGUGCAUGUGGAUCAUGCACUUGUUCUUUUUUUAUUUUUGGUACUUUUUUAUUCAUUAAAAACACCUAAAUCUAUAUUGUGGCUUUCCCUUCCUGUUUAUUUUUAUGUCAUUGAAAGGCUAUUCUUUAUGAUGGCAAACCUGCACCCCUGUUCCAUUAAAACUGCUAACACCCUCAGCUCUACCGUUUCAUCACAGUGGUAACAUAACUCUUGCUGUGAAAACUAAACACAGACAUUACGUUUUGAAAGUCAUAAUUAAGAUUUCUGCAGGUAUUUUCAUUAUUUCGCUAAGCACGGUUUUGUAAAUCUCUACAUCAGGCUCUUUACUGUUAAGACCAGGAACUGGUUAUCAUGCACUGCAAUUACUUUCAUCGAAACCACACGGAGUAUCCAAGUACAUUUCAAUUAAAGGAACUGACGGAUGAAAUGUGACUGUCAGAUGCAAAUUAUCAUUUGGUAUUGUGAAUCACUUUACUUUUUCAGCUUAAUAAAGUACUACAAUUAAAAGGUGGUUCAUCAUUGAAAACGUGUUUUUAACUGCUAGAUUUUGCAGUCGAUACGAGAUGAAGGAUCGAUGUGUUAAACCGGUCAUUUGUAUUACUGUUGUAUUCAUACGAAAGGGUUUUUUGAGGCUAUGCCGAGGUACACUGGUGUAAUGUUUCUUCGGUAUUGUGAAAGAUGUGUACAGAUGAGUCUUUGGUUUACCUGUUUCAGUGGAGUUCAUGCCCCCAGCACACAUAUCAAACGUACGACUCUAAUUUACCAUAUCUGUAUUUGUUCAAUAAAGCAACGCUGGAUAA